AUGUCUAUGGCCGCAGCAUCUUCGUCAGCUUCGGGCAUGGACAUGGGAGGCAUGGGCAUGGGCAAUACCUGCAAAAUCUCAAUGACCUGGAACUGGUAUACCGUUGGCGCUUGCUUCAUUUCCGAUUCAUGGCAAAUCACUUCCGGCGGCAUGUUUGCCGGCUCCUGCAUCGGCGUGAUCUGCCUCGUCAUCUCUCUCGAAUUCCUGCGACGAGGCCAGCGCGAGUAUGACGGUUGGCUCGCGCGCAAGGACAAGAAUAUGCUCGCUGCCUACAACGCACGACACGACUUGGACGCCAGCUCAGGUUCAUCUGUCCAAAACUCGAACGGAAAGGGACCGACUGGGAGCGCGCUGCCCGCUGCAACCCCCGUCUCUGCUCCUCCUCGGGUCGACCGGAUGACGCUCUUGCAACGACAAGUGCUCCGUUCUUUGCUCCACGCGGUGCAAUUCGGCGUCGCCUACUUUAUCAUGUUGCUCGCUAUGUACUACAACGGCUACAUUAUCAUCUGCAUUAUCAUUGGAGCCUUCCUGGGAGCUUUCAUCUUCACCUGGGAUCAACUCCUAAACGAAGCCAAGUGA